AUGUAUAGGACCGAAAUGCCGCCUUCACCAUUCAGACAUCCCGGAGAAUCGCAAUCAUGGUACCGCCACCCUCAAAGUUCUCUGGAACUGCCGACACACACCCAGCUUCAUCUGCCUCCGGCUUUCGCUGUAUUCAAGACUGCCUGCACUCUCACAUGCUUCGUCCUCGCCUUCACUAUCUUCUGUCUCGCCUAUCCAAACACCAUAUACGCCCCUGCCCUACGCCACCUUGUCUUGACAAACGACUUUGGUUCAACCCUCUCCAAACAUCCGGCUUCUCAGUCCUUAGACCUCUCUAGUGGCCUCCAAGCGUCAUGGGAGAACCUCAAAGGCGGCGAGCAUUGCUUGAGGUUUGCAACAAGGGAGUACACCGCGCGUUUAUCGCUCUCUGAGUCGGCGAACACGGCGGCGAGUCGUCAGGAGAUGAUGAGAGCAUGUAGGGAUACGCCGGUUGAGAUUCAUGGGAGGUUGCUAUCCACCGAUUUUUGUCAGGAUUUGGGAUUCGGAAGAGGUGUAUAUGGAUAUUGGAUCGUCGAUUUUGAAGAGCCCGAUUGUCUGACGCAAUGGGGCGAGUUUAGCGAUUUGGGAUGCACUACUUCCGUCUCUGAAACCGGCACCCCACUUCCGUUUAGGCGCGUCGAAUCCCGUCUUGAGAACCUCCAACCGGGUUCCAGCUGGCAGAUCAUGUGCGUAACGACGCCCGCUGAGAUAUACGGACAGCACUUUGGGAGUCCGGCGGUGUGUUUCAACGAUAAACGUGCCGGUGUGUUUGGCGAGUGGGAUAUGCGCGACGAGUCUUGCAAAUUAGAAGCAGAGUCCGAGCCUCAGCCAAUGGCCAGAGAACUGGAUUCGUGA